AUGAUCAUGACCGUAUUACAAUUGGGAUUCUUUUUCUUAUUGUUUGCAUCAUCACCAACAUUAUUAAAAGCAUUUCAACUUCGAGAUUAUGAUCGUACAUUAUUAAUGGUGGUAAAAUAUUGUAAACAAUUAACUAGAAUGUUGAUCAAUGAUGUAAGAAUGAAUCCGAAAACAGUCAAAACAUUUGUAUUAGAUCGAUCGAUAUAUAAUUUUCUUAAUUGGUUCAUUUUGGAACAUGGUCGUAUAUGUGUGGUUACAAUGAAAGCAUGGCGUGGUCAAUUUAUUAAAAGUUUUCUAAUUUAUUUUAUCAUCAGUAUACCAUGGAAUGUUCUUUGUGUUACAACAUUGAUUCUAAAUGAAACAUUAACAGGAUCUGAUGAAUUUUUCAUCUAUUCGUUGACCAUUUUUCAUUCUUCAUUGACCAUAUCAUUAUUGGAAGCAUUAGCCAUUCAAAGUAAUUCAUUACAUCGACCAGCCAAACAUUUAAUACCAAUUAUACAGGGAAUCAAUGGAAAAAAUUCUAUUUGUAUGAAAACAAAAUAUGAAGAUCUUUAUUCACGACUUAUUUGUGGUCCACGUUAUGGUCCACGAUUGGCCAUGAUUGGUGCCAUUACACAUUUGGUCAUUUUUAAUAUGAUUGGCAUGUAUAUUGGAUGUUUUAUAUUCGUAUUUAGCCAUAUUUAUUUUCAAUUAAAAUGA